CACAGCCACACACAGUUCAAGUCGUCGGUCCAAGUGGUGCGCAGUCAAGUUUUGUUGUUCAAGUGCUGAACCGUUCGCCCCCCUCUCAAGAUUCGGUUACGUUUCGUCGCCACAACGCUAACGCUUUAAAUCGCCAAAAACACCCAACAACAACAACACAAAUAACCGCAAAAACAAUGAAGAAAUUUUUAGUUGUAUUUGUGGCAUUAUUCGGAGCCGCCGUGGCCCAACAGAGCUUCAAGUGCCCCGAUGACUUCGGUUUCUAUCCACACGAGACGUCCUGUGACAAAUAUUGGAAGUGCGAUAAUGGCGUCUCCGAGCUGAAGACCUGCGGCAAUGGUCUUGCCUUUGAUGCUACGGACUCGAAAUUCCUCACCGAAAACUGUGACUAUCUGCACAACGUUGAUUGCGGUGAACGCACAGAGUUGGAGGCACCAAUUGCCACGCCACACUGCGCUCGUCUGUACGGCAUCUUCCCCGAUGAGAACAAAUGCGAUGUGUUCUGGAACUGCUGGAACGGUGAACCAUCCAGAUAUCAGUGCUCACCCGGUCUUGCCUACGAUCGUGAUGCUCGCGUCUGCAUGUGGGCCGAUCAGGUGCCAGAGUGCAAGAACGAAGAGGUUGCUAAUGGCUUUGCCUGCCCUGCUGCUGGUGAGCUGGCAAAUGCUGGUUCUUUCUCGCGUCACGCUCACCCCGAGGAUUGCCGCAAGUACUACAUCUGCUUGGAGGGUGUUGCCCGCGAGUAUGGUUGCCCCAUUGGUACUGUCUUCAAGAUUGGCGACAGUGAUGGCACUGGCAACUGCGAGGAUCCCGAGGAUGUUCCCGGCUGCGAAGACUACUAUGGUGAUCUGGACCUGAAGAGCAUCCGCAAAAGCGAGCUUCUAGCUGGAUUGAACACUGAAGGUCGCACCAAGAGCGCGCCCAAAACCAAAGCUGCCACCUCAUAAACAUAUAAUAACAACAAUUACUAAACAGCAACAAAAAAAUACUAUAACAAGAUUGAGAUGAAAACCAACAACAACAACAUCAACAACAACUACAACAAAACUCAACAAUAAUAUCAACUCAAUUCCUUUGCCCAACUUUCCUACUCUCACAUCACAAAGUCACCUAACAAGAAUACUCAGCCAGCCUCAAAUCAACAAAUCAAAUCUAAAUCAUAUUCUAUUUCAAUGCCCUGCAACUUUUCGUAUUUCUAUUAUUUCUAUGAGUCAAAUUGUUGAUAUGAAUCUCUUGGUUUCUGUUUUCCAAAUUGCAAAAAUCUAAAGACCAUGUUUAAUUCAGGGCCAAAUACGAUUUCAAAAAAGAAAAA